AUGGGAUAUCAUGUUGCUGACAGGUUUUCGACCAUGCUAAUCUAUGGUAGGGACAACACGUCAGCCGGAUUGAGAGAGUUGCAAACCAUCAUCGACGCGGUCAAGGUCGGCGACUUCUUGCCUGACAGAACACGUUCAGGGAUGUUUGCCAAUGCAUUGGCGACCAAAGAGGCCCCGGGUGAUGAUGCCGAAUCCGUCUCGAGCUCAUCUGAAGAUUCGUUUGAUGAAGAGAACCCGCAACAUGAUGAACUUGAAAAAGCUGAGAAAACCGUUUUGGAUUUCAUUCUUGCUCAAAAGGCCUCGACAGGAAUGGCAUCCUACGGCGACAAUAAGCCCGUUUUCAGGAGUAGAGCUGCAGCGGCUGGCCUUAGCGAUGACUUUGUCCAGCUUCUUGUCGAUUCCCACCUGGACAGUUUGUCAAAGUACGCCUUUUGCAGUUCAUACGUCCCGGGGUCAGGUGAUGAUGCGAGUUUCAUCAGGGCCAUUCGCAAUGCAAUAGGUCGGGACCCUUUGAUUGGCGAGCAAGCAUCUUGUCGAAAACUACUGCAUGAAGCCUAUGCCUUAGUCACUGCUGAAAUCAAGCAACAGCUCGAACGCAGUGAGGAGGUUCAGACUCGUAAGCUCACGCAGCCUGAGCGCAGUGACCUGUACCAGAAACAGGUCAAGAAGCUCGUCGGCUUGAGCCUCAAGGGACCUAUGGAACCUAGUGAUGCACUCGUUGAUGUGUUUUGUGGCAUGUAUGAUGCAAACCGCCUUCGCUUCGUGCCAUGGGAGAAGUACACUUCAAAGGAGUGCGAGUUGGAAAAGUCUGCGCGUGUUGAGCAUCAGUUUGCAGUGGAAGGUUCAGGGAAACUCCGUGUUGAGUCAAAAGUCCCAGAGUCCGCGGCCGAUACUUCGUCGGAGAUCUUACUGCAAUAUGCCUUGCAGCGUCGUGGCCUCAGCAUGGAACAAGCAAACUUACUUGACUAUGUCAUUCACCAAACGUGGGUUGACAAACUCAUUCGAACCCGGCUGCAGACGCCGCCCGACGGUUACGCUCGAGUGUCCUUUAAACAACUGCUUGAAGCCGACAAGAAGUUGUUCGAGGAGCUUUGUGAUGAGACACGAGCAGGCGUUCAGGCCACGGCAGCGGGACGGCCAUUGGACCUUGUUUUCUCACAGUGUCGCCAUAAGCCAGAAGUUCUUCAUCUUUUGCAGCCUUUACCGACUAGACCCCAGUCGACGGUGCCACCAAAGGAUGACAAGUUUGUGUGGAAUCGCUUUCAGCCCUAUUCCAAGUCAAAAGGCAAAGGGAAAGACAAGGGCAAAGGCAAGGGAUUUCGAAUGCCAGUUCAGCUGGUUGAGGGUGACCACGAGCACCUUGAAUGGGGUACACAGUCCACACCAGCAGGCAUCCUUUUUGACACCAGCAAGGAGGCUGCUUACCCAAGGCUCCUGUGCACUCGGAUUGCUGCUCUUUUGUCUUUGGCAGCGGCCGAAGACAACAUUUGUCUGUGUGACCCCUCUCAUGUCGAUUCGCAUCCGACGGAUGCUCGCGUCGCCGCUGGCAAACAGCCUCGUGGCCACAAAUUGCAGCCUCUCAUCCCGGAAUACAACGCUGUUCGUACAGUCUGUGUCGAAGCUCACAACCAGCCCAUUUUGAAUGACAAAAAGAUCCUGUUGGUGCCUUUUGCUGAUAUUCCCCUUGGUAGCAAGCUGCUGCGCACUUCCCCUGCAAAAAGGGGAGAACCAGGAAGUGACACCAGCAUGCAGACAUAUGUCUUUGGAGUUUUUCAUUCCAUGAUCGAGUUCGUUGACCGUGCAAGAGCGUUGACGCAUCCUUUUGACUCGUACAAGGCGUUGCCAGACUCGAUGCUUCGAGUGGUCUUCAAUGUUUUGACAAACUCGCCCCUCGUCAUCAUGAAGAGGAGGCUCGAGACCCUGCAGCGCUGGAGGACUUGGGCGGGUGAGCUCGAAGAGGCGAACCGCAACAUUUUUCAGAAUAUGGACCCGGGUUGUGCAUCUGUCUUGAAGGGCAAACACCUUGCGCUGUUGGAAAAGAUUGCAACGGAGCUUCAAUGGCCAGAUGUCUCGGUGCACAAGGAAAUUAGAGACGGUUUUCGACUUGUUGGGCUUCAGAAACCCUCGGGUGUUUUCAGCAAAGACGUCAAGCAUCGCACUCUGUCGGAAAGGGAAUUGCUUUCGCAGUCCAAGCACAUCAAGCCGGCGUUGUGGGGAAAGAUCAAUUCUGCGCCGGCCACCGAAUACCAACAAGACUUGUGGGACAUCGCAAUGCAAGAAGUGAGAGAGAAACAUUGGCUCCAGGGCCCCUUUUCCUUCGAAGAACUUGAAGUGAUGUUUGAUGGUGUUUGGACGCCGGUCCGCCGUUUCGCUGUCUGGCAAAGGUCCAAGUGGAGGCCCAUUGACGACUACACGGAAUGCGGUGUGAACGCAUCAUUUGGAUAUCUGGAAAAGAUAGAUCUUAGAGCCCUUGACCAGACUGUCUGGGUAGCUUCAUGUUUGAUCCGUCAUGCCAUUCAUUUGGAGUUCGCUGAGUUUCGCUUGAGCACUGGUGAAGUCUUGAGGGCCCCGGUUGACAAGCAUUGGAAACGGCACCACUCAAAGGAAUUUGUUUUGACCAAGACGGUUGACCUGAAGUCUGCGUACAAGCAACUUCCGAUUUCUCCUAUUGACAGGAAAUUGUCGAUCUUGACUUUGAAGUCACCUCGGACUGGAGAAGUCCAAGGGUUCGUGUCGAGGACUCUACCUUUUGGGAGUGUGGCGUCGGUGCUACAUUUCAAUAGAGUGGCGAGGCUGCUACACCGGAUAGGCAUGGAGCUUGAUGUCAACUGGUCAAACUACUUCGAUGAUUUCCCUGUUGUUGAAUUUGAUGAGCUGUGCCAGAGCACGUCAGGUACCAUUCGUGCGCUAACCCACCUUUUAGGGUUUGAAUGCUCGCCUGACAAGGAAGAGCCCUUUUCGUCCAGCACUCACACGCUAGGAAUGUGUCUUGACACCUCCAGUUCGCACGAAGGCUUUGUGAAGGUGAAGAAUCGUGAGGACAGGACACGAGAGCUCAAGGACGUCGUGCAGGACAUCAUUCGUUUGAAGUGUGUACAACCUAAGCUGCUCCCUUCCCUUUUUGGACGAGCUCUUUUCGCUGAGAGCUUCUUCAUGGGUCGAGCAGGGAGGCUGGCCUUGUCAGAACUGAGGCAUCUUGAAUACAGCAGAAAACCCCGCGUCGAGCUUAGCAAGUCGCAGUUGGAUGCUUUUCAAGUCUUGUCUGCCAGGUAUACUUCGUGCCAGCCCAGGGUGUUGCGUGCAGGGCCCAUUGAGCCCCCUGUGAUUGUAUUCACUGACGGUGCUUGCGAGGAG